AUGAGCUACGAAAAAGCUCCCUACCAAGACUCCGAGAAGUCCUUCCAACAAUCCGAAAAGUCCUUCAUACCACCACCUCCUCCAUACACGACCGCCGCAUACCCUCAGCCCGCCGGACCUGUCGUUCCCCCGCAGCACGCAGCACCGAAUCAGGCCUACUACUAUCCCGGCGCCCCAUUCGCUCCCUCCACAGGAUAUGCUGCUCCACCACCACAGGCCCAGAAUCAACAAGCCUACUAUUACCCCGGCGCUCCCUACGCUCCCUCCACCUCUCCCUACCCCGCCGGCGGUGCCCCUCCAGUAGCAGCACCAGCUCCUCCUCCUCCUCAUCCUCCCCAGGCUUCCUACCCCUCCUCCUCCAGCAGUAGCCUCCACGCCUUCCCACCCACCAUCAACGGCUACUACAGCUGGAAAUCCAUGACGACAAUCUACCUCGGCCCCAGCAAAUCCGAAAAGACGCACGCGCUCAAGAUCCACGACAAGCUCUUCUCCUCCAAGCAAACCCUCGCCCUCCACGCCGGCCCCACCCCCGACCACCCUGUCCUCGUUAGCGCCUUCUCGCGCGGCUACAAGGACCAGGAGUUCACCGUGACCGUCCCCGGCCGCGGGCCCGGCGGCGCCGACGUCGUGGUGCCGACGAGCAGCAUCAAGACGGGGAAGAUGAGCAGGGCGGCGCGGUUCGAGGUCGAGGUCGGUGGGCCUGGGAGCGGGAGGAGGGAGACGUUCGAGUGGCGCAGCAGCCAUGGCGAGGAGAUCAGCGCCGUCGCGACGGGGUAUUCGUUCGGCUGGAAGCUGGUGCGGCUGUCUGGCGGCGGCGGCGCCAACGGGGGGCCGGUGGGCAGUGGGCGUGGUUUCUCGAGCGAUGGGAACGAGGUCGUGGCUGUGAUUGCGCACAAUGCGUCGUGCAGCAUGUCGAAGGGGAUGCGGUUCUCGUUUUUGGGGAGCGGGUUGGCGGGCGCGUUUGGAGAGGUGUGGGAGAUUGUGGCGGUGGGGUCGGCGCUGAAGCUUUGGUAUAGGGAUGUGGAGCACAUGGCUUCUGCGGCGUCUGGUUGA